GUUUUGGAUUUGUCGCGUAGCAGGAUUUUUUGAACAAAAAUUGGCAUUGCGAAAUUAUUUCAAUGCAACAGUAAAACGAAACGACUUCGACGAUUCGGAUAUUUCGGAUUCAACACUUUUCAUACCUUUUACAAGAAAUGGUCUUAAAACUGCUCAGUUGAAAGAUAAAUUUUGAGUAUUUAAAAAGAAAAAUGGAGCAAAGCCUGUUGACAUCUAGUCUUCAGAACAUUUCCUUCGGGAUUGUUCUUCAAAUCAUCGUCCGCGUGAUCACCUUUCUCAGCAACGCUUGCGUCCUGAGGUACAUCUCUCCAGAUGCCUUGGGUUUGAUGAACGUCCGUCUGCUGCUUCUCGAAUCAACCAUUCUGUUUGUCAGUCGAGAGGCCUUCAGGAAGAGCACCCUGGAUGACGUUCGGAACCACAAUUGGCCCCUGGUGAUCAAUUUGAUAUGGAUCACCCUGCCAAUUUCAGUUCUGAUUUCUGUCGUCUUGGGACAUGUGUGGCUGGACAUGCUGGAGGCUCCCCCUCCACACCUGCAGAGCCAGUACGUUACAGGGGUGUGGGUGAUGGCCUUGAGUUGCAUUAUUGAGUCUACCUGUGAGGCCCCUUUGCUGGUGGCGAAUGCAUUCCUCUUCAACAAAUUAAAAGUUGCGUUAAACCUUCUGCACAUAGGGCUGCGCACUCUGGUGUUUCUGCCGCUGGUGCUGUGCAGCCCCUCCAACUCGGUGCAUGCCUUUUCUGCCGCGCAGGCCGUUGGCACCCUGACCCUGGUGCUGGGCUACUAUGGCUACUUUUACCACUACCUGCGCACCCCCCACAAAGGCUUCCCCUUCAAGAGCAUCAGGGACUUCUUGCCUCGGUUUGACCUGCAGCAGUGGAUCCAUCGUCCUCUGGCCUGGCUCACGUGGAGCCUCUUUAAGACCAUGGCCGUCAAACAACUGCUGACCGAAGGGGAGCGCUACGUAAUGACCAUUUCGGGGGUGUUGUCCCUCACUCAGCAGGGGGUGUACGAGACUGUCAAUAAUUUGGGUACUCUGCCAGCAAGGCUGCUCUUCAGACCCAUUGAAGAGAGCUGCUACUUCUACUUUGCUCAGUUAUUCAGGAGGGGUGAGCAAGUCUCAAAAUUGAACAAAGACCACAUGGAAGAAGCCUCAAAGCUUCUUUUCUAUGCCAUGCGCUGCACCGUGGUGUUCGGACUUACUGUGAUGGCUUUUGGAUUUUCCUACUCAAGACUCCUCCUCUUCCUGUACGGAGGCGAGUCGCUGGCCACCGACACUGGCACAGUUCUGCUCAGGGCCCAUUGCACCGUCAUCCUCUUCUUGGCCAUCAACGGAAUCACUGAGGCCUUCGGCCAAUCGGCCAUGAGCAAAGAACAACUUUCGUGGUACAACUACUCAAUGGUGUUGCUCUCCGUAGCCUUUCUAGUCAUCUCAUGGGCCCUCACCUACUUGCUAGGCGGCCUGGGCUUUAUCCUGGCUAAUUGCUGCAACAUGGCCACCAGAAUCUGUUGCAGUCUCAAGUUCAUGUACGAGUUAUACGACGGGAGCAAGUGGCAGCCCUUGAAGGGUCUGCUGCCGGGACCUUUGAUUGUGACCGCUCUUGCUGUUUCUUUUCUCAUCACAAACUUUUCCGAGAGUCUCUACUUUGAUGAGAACAAACUUGUUCACUUAAUGAUCGGCGCCUGUUGUGGCUUAUUCAGUGUUGCAGUGUUUUUCUACGAAGAGAAAGAGCUUUUUAAAAUCAUUUGUGCAAAACUGGGAAUUGACAAGAGAUUUGCGCAUGAGAAAGAUGAUUAAAUGAGAUUCGUUGCAUGUUUUUAAUGAAAAAUCUGCCAAACCUUCAUUUUAUCUAAAAUUCGCUUGUGCAUUUCAUGGGACUUUUGACUUGAAUUGACUAAUAUAUCACCAGGGCAGAAAUAUUUCCUUCUCUUUAUGUGCACUCAGGACCAAAAGUUUGGUCAGAACCUAAGACCCUGAACACCGGCUGUGUUGUUACAUCCCUAUUUUAAAUAAAUUUAAGUUAUAAUGACAUUCUUUUUUGAAUGGAAUGGAAAAAAUAUUUAA